AUGACUAUCACUCACGCUACCGGUUACGCCAUCAAAGAUGCCAAAGAUUACCUUAACUUUGAGCUUACCAAAUACGAACUUGAACCUCUCGAAGAUGAUCGAGUUACAGUCAACGUAGAAUGCUGUGGUGUUUGUGGAUCUGAUCACCACACCAUCUCCGGUGGUUGGGGACCAUGGGAAACCAAAUUCGUCGUUACAGGACACGAGGUCAUUGGUAAAGUAGUCGAAGUAGGAUCAAAAGUCACAGAAUUCAAAGUCGGUCAAAGAGUCGGUGUAGGUGCUCAAGUCGGUUGUUGUGGAAAAUGUAAAUCAUGUAAAGGAACCAAUGAGAACUAUUGUGUUCAACCCGUUCAUGGUUACAACACCAAAUGGUACGACAACGCUGAACACCAAGGUGGUUAUUCUACCCAUGUCAGAGCUCAAGAACGAUUCGUUUUCCCUAUUCCUGAGAAACUCGCUUCCACCGAUGCCGCUUCCAUGCUCUGUGCUGGUAUCACCACCUUCUCACCUCUUGUCAGAAACGGUGCUGGUCCCGGUAAGAAAGUCGGUGUUGUAGGUCUUGGUGGACUUGGUCACUACGCCGUUCUUUUCGGUACUGCUCUUGGAGCUGAAGUGACCGUAUUCUCCCGAUCUGACGCCAAGAAAGAAGAUGCGCUCAAAAUGGGAGCUAAAAGAUUCAUCGCCACAACUGAAGGAUUUGAAAAAGAUUUACAGUUUGAAUUUGAUUUAAUCAUCGUCACUGCAUCUUCAUCCAAGUUACCUAUCAAUGAGUUAUUGACCACAUUAGAUGUUGAGAAGAAAUUGGUUUUCGUAGGAAUGCCAGAAGAUGGAUUAUCAAAUAUCACUUCUCAAGCUUUAUCAGGUAACGCAGCCGCUUUAGCUUCUUCUCAUUUAGGUAACAAACAAGAAGUUUUGCAAAUGUUGAAAUUGGCUGAAGAGAAACAAGUUAAACCUUGGGUAAACGUUCUACAAAUGAAAGAUGCUGCUAAAGCUAUUCAAGCCGUAGAGGAUAACACUGUCAGAUACAGAUCUGUCCUCAUUCAAGAUAUUGAAGCUUAA